UUCAAGUUCCAUGCUUUUCAGUUAGUGGAACUUACUUACUUACUUACUUACGAAGUACGGAUUUUGGAUAGGCCAGAGGCCUUUAGAAACCUUUGUAUUUAUAUACCUACAUAAGGUCAAAACCUUUCUAGUCGGGCUCCUCGUGCGUCUAACUAUUCGUCUGCGUGAGGGAUGUCGUGUGCAAGGUGUGCCCAGUGAGUGUCAAGCCGGUUUUUUAAUUGGUUCAGGAUGUUUGAGGCGACAAUCGUUGGCAGUAGGGUAUAGCCUUGGGCUGUUCCAACUUCCAGUCGUUGAUGACACGGAUGGAGAACGUGUUGCACUGAAUCCUGGAGACCGCCCGUGGCUUGGCUAUUCUCCACUGGUGUCCUCUUGUGGCAGGAGUUCUGUCUGCUGCCAUCUCAAUCUCGAAGAGGCUGCGUUGGUCCAUGUCAAUUCCACCGCGGAGUAGCUGAUAGACCGCGAUCCGCGAUCAUAUCUCCAUGCCUCUGUCUGUAGUACAGCGUUGGUAGCUGCAGCACUUUCAGACGCUCUCGAUACGGGAUGUGACGGAAGAUUGGGAACCAGCUUGGUCGCCCGCCUCUGCACCCGCUCCACCAGCCGCUGGUCCGCCUGGUUGAAGGGACCCCACACUACUAAGUUCCCGUACUCAAGGUGGGGUCGGACAAGGGCCUUGAGGAGCAGGGGGAGGGUUGAUUGGUGGAAGGAUUGAUGAAUCACUGCCAUCACUUGUGUUGCCUUCCUUACGGCCACAGCAGCCUGCUUCCGGAGGGCUGUUUACGGGCACCGCACACUGCUGCGUACGGUGUGUGAGGUGGGUCCAGCAGGCGUGGUGGUAGGGGAUGGGUAGGCGGUUCUGACGUCACGGCUGCGUGCGGUGACGGAAGGCUGACGUAGAGACGCAGUGGGCGGAGCUUGGAGGCUGUGUGCGGUCCGACCGCACACAGGGCCCGUGAACAGCCCUCUGAAUUUGAGCUGGGUAUCCAUGAGGACGCCAAGGUCUCUCUCGACCUCUGACUCCGCGACUGUUGUUCCCUUUAUCCGGUAUGUGUGGUGCUGGUGCUGGUUGCCUCCGCCAAUGUGGAGCACCUUGCACUUUCCAGGGUUGAAUGACAGCUGCCACCUGUCUGCCCAGUGAAGUGCCGCGUUCAAGUCCUCCUGCAGGGAUGCUGACUUUGCCGGGUCGGACAGAGAGCAGAUACGUCGGUAGAGUUUGCUGUCAUCGGCGGACGGCGAAUAUCUUUAUUCCGCAGUGUAGUGGCUCCGGCAGGUCAUUCACGCACAGCGUGAAGAGCAGUGGAGCAAGGACUGAACCCUGUGGAACACUGCUUGGUAGAGGAGCCCAGUCUGACUUGCUGCUUCCAGCAGUGACUCGCUGCUUCCGUCCUUCCAGGAAUGCGCCGAUCCAUCUCAGAAUCUUGCCUCUGAUACCGUGAGCUUCUACUUUCUCCAGCAGCCGUCUAGGUGGGACUGUGUUGAACGCCUUGGCCAGGUCUAGGUAUAUGACGUCGACAGGUCACUUGCUCUCAAUCAUGCUGCCCCAUUCUUCUAUCGUUAGCAUCAGCUGAGUAGAGCAGGACCUCCCUGGACGAAAACCGUGUUGGGCGUCGUUGAUCAGGUUCUCCGACUUGAGGUGUGCAGUGCGAUAAGACGGUCGCGAAUGAUCGACUCCAAUAGCUUGCACGGAACAGACGUCAAACUGGCCGGCCUGUAGUUCCCUGGCUCAUCUUUACUUCCUUUCUUGUAGAUUGGAGCUACAUCUGCCAGUUUCCAGUCCAGCGGCAGGGUCCCCGUGUCCAGUGACGAUCGGUAGAUGGAGGUAAGCGUGCUUGAUAAUGAGUCGGCUGUUUCCUUGAUGAUCCGUAGGUGCACACCACCCGGGCCGGCGGCGGAAAAAGGUCGUAGGGCAGACAUCUUCUUUCUCACCAGCUCUACAGCGAGGUCGAUGUCAGUGACAGCUGGACUGUGGUGUUUCUGUUGACAAGAAGUACUGCUGUUAAGCUGAGAAGUGUCACCAUCAUGGAGGAUGAACAGCUGGCAUCUGCCCUGUCUGAGCUGCCCUGUUUGGUCGAAGAAGAUGAACAGGGCAGGGAAGAGUGCAACAAAUGCACUCGGCCAAUCACUGCUUGCUGGUGUCCCUACUUACCAAAGCCACCCAUAGAUGUCAGCACCAACAUCAUUAUCCUUCAGCACCCUCUGGAGGAGCGGAGGGCGCUGAGGACAGCUCCCAUGAUUCAGCUGGGACUGGCGCCGGGAAAGUGCACCGUCUAUCGGGGCAAAAAGUUCCCAUCGGCCAGCCACGUCGGCCUGGCUGAGAUUCUCCGCUCGCCUCGCACCGUGAUCCUGUUCCCCGGGCCGGCGGCAGUGGACGUGGCAGACCUGCCUCCCUGCGGGGAGGGUGAGGAACCGGGGCCGCUCAACGUGCUAAUACUGGACGGCACCUGGCGCCAGGCGAAAACUAUGUACACCAUGAGCCCGGCGCUACACUCGGUCAGACAGGUAAUGGUAACCGGCCGCCGGUGCAGCAGCUACGUGGUGCGCACCCAGCCGACAUCCGCCUGUCUCAGUACCGUGGAGGCGGCAGCCGCCUGUCUGCAGCACCUGGAACGGCGGCCGCAGCUGCCCGGCCAGCUGCUGCAGCCGCUGCACGCGCUGUGUCGCGUCCAGCUGGGCCAUGGGGCGGUGCCGCACACCAGUAAACAGGAGCUGAUCGAGAGGGGACAGUACGAGCGACAGAGAGGUGUGCGAACCAAUCGAAUGUUCCGGCAACUGGGUGUGGUGCUGUGAUAUAGCGGACGGUGGACUGCCUGGUGCGGCACGACGGUGGGACGCGAGGGUAGCUCUGGUGCUGGUGGCCGGGAGGUAGUGGCUAGCUCUAGUACUGACGGCAGGAACUAGCAUCUACGCCUGGUACCGAAUGCAGGAGCUAGCUGCUUACAACCUCUGGUACUGACAUCCGGAGUGAACAGCUACCUUUGGUUCCGUCAACAGAAGCCUACGGCUAGCUCUGCUCCCGACCAGAGCACGGCCCUAGGCCAUCUCUAGUAUCGAUGUCUGGUGAAACAUGCUGAGUCAAGAACAGCUCGCUGUUGACAUGCACCGCGGGCUUCCGCCAUAGGUUUUUAUAAUGAACGGAGGUGGUGACGUUGGAAUGUUUUAGGCGAUAUGUGAGGGAGGUGCGAUCUCAUCUCACGUGAGGCUUAAAGUGUGUUUCAUGCAUCCGCCCCACCCAAACGCUACCCCAAAAGCUGGGUUAGACUGGUCUGGAUUGUCGUGUGUUUUUGUUACGAACUGUUGUACGAGCUACUAGUUUUCGGUUGGUAAUCACGGUACUUUACCUGCGUGAUAAUGUUGAUUAAUUUGGCUGGGAUUCAAAACCUUUGAUGAUGUUUUGCAGUUGGACUGAGCUUAACCGCCAUCGCUCAUAUUUCUACGAGGUGAUUAAAUAGAAAUACAACCCAUUUUAUAGCUCAAA